AUGGCGACCGCCGCUGUUUCCGACCUUUCCCGCCGGGCUUCCCUUAGCACAGCCAUGAGAACUCAGUCCGCCUCCCGCCAGCAUCUUCCGUCAUUCACUGGUCCGCCUCACGCCGUGCACACUCUUCGCCGUUAUCACGCUAUCGUCAGCUUCCGUCGCUCGUCGCUCGCAGGAACUGCGCGAGUGACAAUAUCGAGAGCCAACCCCAGCCGCACAGCCGCCUCGCGAUCUCUCUCCAGGCGUUUCCCGCACGCGAUUCGCGCCUUCACAAAUCAACCAGACGCGGCGCGACCCGGCAGCAAGGCAUCCCGGAUCGCGGCAACAGACGCGGCUCCCUCUCUCCUCGACACGUCCCGACGACAAGCUGCCGCCGCUGCUGUGCGUUCCCCUGCCGCCGCCGCUGCUGCCGCUUCUGCCGCUGCUUCUACCACAGCUGCCGCUGCCGCGGCGCUCGAGGACUCGCUAUCGAGUCGCGGCAUUCCCGAGGCGUAUUCAACGGACGCGCAAAUCCUGAGUGGCGAGGUGGAGGGAUUCGCGGGGAUGAACGAGGAGGGCGAGUGGCUCUUGCUGUUGCCGUCGGGUCGCAAGCGCCAGUACCCGCGAAAGCGCCGCUCGAAACCUCGACUUCCUCUCGCCGUAGAACCCGUUGACUCUGUUGACCCCGUCGACGCCUCCCUGUCUUUCGCUCCGUCCAUCCCGCGCCGUUCGGCUGACGCCCCUCGAAUCGCUCCAUCCAGCGUCCGUCAUCCUUCAGAUGCGUCGCAGAUUGAAGAAUCUGCGACGUUCGUAGUCAGCAGCGGCAGAUCGAAUCUGCUGCCUGUCGAGAAUCCCGAGCUUCCAGUCUCUCGCGGGGCGCCACGUGGCGGGCAUCCAUCCCCUAAAGCUCUAUCCGAAGCGGCAGCGAGAGUGAGAAGGGAGAGGCAGAAGUUGCAGCAGCAGCGUCAGCAGACGGACGAGGCGCUAGUAGAUGAUGUUUUCUUCUCAGCGCCCUCCUCCCCCUCCUCCCCCUCCUCCUCCUCCCCGCUCUCCCUUACCUUAUCCCAGACCCCACUCUCCGACUUGCGCCCCGCUUCCGCCCAUGCGCCCGUUUCCGCGCACCCCGUUGCCCGAAUUUGCGCCGUCGCGAGCAGCCGACGCAGUUCAAGAGGCGGAAGGGGGGAGGGAAGGGGAGCAAGCGGGCGAGAACUGGCGGGGAGUUUCUCAAAAGCGAGUAGCGCGCUGAAGGCCGUGAGGCGGCAUCUGUGUGGGGGGGCGCGGAGCGGAAUGACCACGGCUCGAGCCAUGCUGGACGAGCUGCUAUCCCAGCAACCUACGAACCCCCAAAUUCAGGAGCACAUGGCGCUGGCAGAGAGGAAGGCAGGCAACACAGCAGCAGCCAGGGCGUGGUACCGCCGCAGUGCUCAGGGCUACGAGGAGGCUCUGGCGGUGACGGUUGGUACCACACCCGCAGCAGCCGCCAGGGCGUGGUACCGAUGUAGCGCGCAGGGCUAUGAGGAGACUCUGGCGGUUGGCAGUGCCUCCCCGCACUCAGGGGACGCUUCUGUCAACCACCACAGCUACGCAAGGCAUUCAGACGCCACGCACUCGGCAGAGAGAGGGCCUGCGGAGCUAAUGAGUGAAGGAGCAGCAGAGGAGGCUGGGCACCUGAGGAAUCACCUGGGGCGGUGCCUGCAGGCAUGGGCCGGGAUGGAGGCGGAGGAGGGCGACAUGGUUACCAGCAGACAGCUGUUUCAACGGUCAAUAGUGGUGCUGACGCGGGGGCAGCGACAGCAGGAGUGGGAGCAGCAGCAGCAGCAGGGCAAACAGGCAGGGCAGACCCAGAAAGACACAGGGAGCCUUGCGAUUGGCCUGCACGCCUGGGCCAUGGCUGAGAAACGUGAAGGAAAUUUCCAGGCUGCCCGGAACCUUCUAGAGCAGGCAGAGAAGCUUCAGCCGAACAGCCCAGUGGUUCUGCAGUCACGUGCGCUCCUGGAAGCUUCCGUGAAGAACCUGGGUGCAGCUCGGUGCUAUUUCAAGAAGGCCACUGCUGCUGCCCCUCUUGAUGCUGCAUGCUGGCAGGCAUGGGCCCUCCUCGAAGCCAGGGCAGGCCGGUCCGACCGCAUGAGAACCCUAUUCCGCUCAGCCCUAGCAGCCAACCCCAAGUCCAUUCCCACACUGCACGCAUGGGCGUGCCAGGAGGCCCGACUAGCCACACCCGAGAGCAGGGAGGCAGCCAGGGGGCUGUUUCAGCAGUGCUUGGAGGUGCAGCCUGGGUGUGUGCGGGCGCUGCAGGCGUGGGGUGUGAUGGAGCAUGCAGCAGGGGAUGUCGAUGCUGCGAGGAGCCUGUUUGACCGCUGCCUUGAGGCUGCUCCCCACUCAGUCCCCACUCUCCAGGCGUACGCAUGCUUGGAGCGGCAGCAGGGAGACCUUCUCAAGGCCCGUUCCCUCCUACAACUCGCCCUAUCAGCCCAGCCGGGCAAUGCAGCAGCGCUGCAGCAGGCAGCAGAGGUGGAGGAUGCGCUGGGGGAUGCAGCAGCAGCGCAUGAGCUGUUUGUGCGGGCGAACCGGGCGGAUAGAAUGGUGGCGAGGCGAAGACGCGGGAUGUUUGAAUCGGCCAAAGAGGGGAGGAGAGAGGCGCAGGAGAGAGGGGCGGUGCCGCGGUGGGUGGAGGGGAAGAUGAGGGAACGGCGUGUGAAGCGGCGAGGUGGAGGGAGGUGA